AUGCUGCGGGGCUUCAAAACGUCGGGAAUCUCUGGCGCGGAAGAUACUCCUAGCCGCACCGCGCCGCCAAAGGCGCGCGAGCUCGCCCUGCCCUCAAUGGCACUCCCACGUCGCUUCUGUUCAUCGCAGCGCGCCUUUGAGGACCUCAGAACUGCAUUUGUGGGAACGAACAGGCUGGCUGACGCGUUGUCUGGCACGACAGAAUACCACAACAAGGUCAUCACCAAGCUCUUCGGCGGCAACUCGCUGUACGGCUGCUAUGGCCUCGCAGUCACCAUCUUCUCGCUCGGAAUCAUCCGCGACAUCAUCUACAAAACCGCCAUCGAGUCGCAGCCCACGCUGCCCCUCCUCCUCAGCCCCACCUUCCGCGCCAUCGCCUACGGCCUCCUCGCCUCGGGCAACAUCCUCGUCCUCUCGUCCAUGUGGGCGCUCGGCGUCACGGGCACCUACCUGGGCGACUACUUCGGCAUCCUCAUGGACGCCAAGGUGUCGUCUUUCCCGUUCAACGUCACCGACGCCCCCAUGUACUGGGGCAGCACCGCCUCCUUCCUCGGCUCCGCCAUCCUCUUCGCCAAGCCCGCCGGCUUCUUCCUCACGGCAAUCGUGUACGCCGCGUACAGCGUCGCCCUGCGCUACGAGGACCCGUUCACCGGCGAGAUUUACGCGAAGAGGGACCGCGAGAGGGCGGCUGGGAAGAAGUCGUCGUAG